UGCCUGUGCUCUCUAGUCCUGUUGUUUAGGUCUGGAAAGUCGAUUUGCCAGGCGUCAUGUCUCUAACCAUGGCUGCGAGCGCCGCAGCGGCGCGUUCCACUCUAGCGGGCGCUCCGCUCGUGCAGCCGUGUGUAGCGGAACGGACGGACACGUCCGCAUUUCGGUGUUUGGGAGGCUCCAGGAGUUUACCUUACAGACAAGUGGCUAUUGUAGGCUCGAGUCGCAGAACCUUACGAGUGAGAUCUAGCCAAGAAUCGAAUAAAAUCUCGACAUCCACGGGCUCAGACUGUUCUAGUUGGGAAUCACAAGAAAAUAACGGAGCCUCCUCUAGCGGAGCAUUCUCGCGCAGAGCUUCCCUGCUUCUCGCCGCAUCUGCCGGCGCGCUGCUUGCCGAUUGGUCCGUUCUCCCCGCAGCGCAGGCGCUGCCGUUUCUGCUCCCGCCGGCCGGCUUCCGGCUUUACGUGGAUCGCCUGGACGGCUACUCGUUCUUCUACCCCGACUCGUGGGUGGAGGUGCGGGGAUCCGGCCAGGACUGCUUCUUCCGCAGCUCGUUCAAUCUCGACGAGAACGUGAGCGUCGAGGUGUCGUCGCCAUCGUCGUCGCGAUUCGCGUCCGUGCGCGAUCUGGGCGAUGCAGAUGCAGCAGGGAAGCGCGUGGAGAAGCAGCUUCUAACGGAGUUCAUGUCCACGCGCCUGGGCGUCCGGCGCGAGGCCUCCCUCAUCUCCUCCGCCACUCGCGUCGUGCCAGCUGGCACGGGCAGGAGAGGCGCCGGGGAGGCGGAGCAGGACGCGGAGUACUAUGACGUGGAGCUGAACGUGAAGUCAUACGCCAACAACAACCAGCUCGCCAUUAUGCCCGACGAACGCGUGCAGGUGCUGGAGUGGAAUCGCCGCUACCUGACAGUGCUGGCGGUGGCCAACAAACGGCUGUUCCAGCUGCGGCUGCAGGUGCCCGAGAGACUGCUGGACGCCGAGAGGCCGGUAUUGCGGCAGGUCAUGGACUCGUUCCGCGUCUUCAGCGUUGCGGAGUAACCAGUUAUGGAGUAAUGUGUUACAGCCCAAUUUUGUUGUAGGACUUGUUCCACACAUUUCAGCAUUGCGGAACAACCAGUUCUAGGCGUAUGCGUAUCAUGUUAGUCAGUAGGUUUUGUCUGGUAUUGAGAAUUGUCCCAGCAUCAUUUUUCUGACAGUGCUCAGCAGUGUAGUGGAACAACCACCACAGCACACACCAGUCUGCAAUCUAGAUCGAAGAGGUGACUUUUUGUCAACCCAAAUGCCUGAGUCGA